CCGGCCCCACACCCACGUCCCACCCCACGCUUUGGGGGGGCUCGUGGGUGGCCGAGGGUUGGGGGCCACCGGCAGCACCCCCGCUCCCGCGGCCUGGGGCUCCCGCGGGUGGGUUUUUUGGGGGGGUCCCGGGAUUCAGGCGGGGCUCCCCACCUCCUCCCCGGCCCCGUCUCCCCUUCCUGCCGCGGGGGCGGAGGUGUGAGGGAGGAAGGGGUUUGGCGAGCCGGCGUCGCUCCAUUUUAAGGGUUUUUUGGGGUUUCGGCGGCGCUGAGUGGCGCAGCCGUCCCUGCAGCCCGCUCAUCAGGCUAUAAAAGCCGUCGGGGUGGGACACGCGCCGGCUGUUGUCACCCGCCGUCACCCGCUGUCACCCUCUCGAGUGGGCUCGCCAUGGCUGCCGCCUUCCUCUUGGUGCUGGUGGCGGUGGGAGCGGCGCGGGCCGCAGUCCCCGAGCCCUGCCAGGGUGGCCCCGCGUCCUGGUGCCAGGAUGUGGCCACCGCCACCCGGUGCCACAGGGAGCAGGACUGCCGCGACCUCUGGGACAGCCUGGACCUGUGGCCCGUGGCUGGAGGGGAUGUGGCUGAAUGGACCGCGACGGUGCCCGGCAAGGGGAAGAAGUGCAGCCUGUGCACCAAAAUCCUGGAGCAGAUCAAGGCGAUGGCGGGCGACGACCCCGACGAGGCAGCGGUGGAGGCGGCACUGGGCAAGGCCUGCCGGGCCCUGGGGAAACGCCUGGGCCGCCUUUGCAAGCGGCUGGUGAGGAAGUACCGGGAGCAGAUCAGCGAGGCGCUGCAGAACGGCGACGAGGCCCAGGACACCUGCGUCGCCAUCGGCUUCUGCAAGGCCUGAGCCCGGUCAGCACCCGCGUCCCGUGUCCGUCCCUCAUCUUCUGUCCCUCGACCUCCGUCCCACACCCACACCCCAUAACCUGCACCUCGCACCCCACGCCUGUCCUGGGGGUGGGAGGGCACUUGGGGGUCCUGUGUCUCCGGGAGAGAACCUGCCUGCACCUCUGUAGGGUGGGGGUGAGACAGGGGACCCCAAAAUGCAUCCUGGAGGAGGCGGGGGGAAGGUUGGAGGAGCCACUUUUGCUGGCACCUGAGUUGGGGGGACGGGGGGAUGGUGGCCCCCAACUCACCGUUCCUUCCUUGCCUCCGCAGGGCUCAGCCCCCCAGCCGGCCCCGAGUGCCACCCCCCGCACCCUGAACCCCCUCCCAGCCCCACCUGCCACCCCGGCCCCCGGAUCCCCCUCCCCGUGCAAUAAAGCAUCUCGCCCUGGGCCACCGCGUCUCCUGGGGACGGUG